AUGGGCGACAUUAACAUGAAUGCGACGUAUACCGUCAUGCCUUCCGAUAGCGAAGUACCGAAUGAAAUUAGAAAAGUGCUCGAUGAGGAUCCGUUGCGUUGUGUCAGCAGCAAACGUUCUGUUAACGUUGACGAAUGGAUUUCUAUUGCUAGAGAAUGCAAGUAUCUCCCUGAAGAGGAUAUGAUCUCCCUUUGCACCUGCCUUAUUGCUCGGCUUCUACGUGAACCAAACGUGGUGCCGGUGGAAACUCCUGUUACAAUAUGUGGUGAUAUUCAUGGGCAGUUCUAUGACCUACUUGAACUGUUUCGAACAGGAGGCGAAGUACCCCAUACAAAGUAUGUGUUUAUGGGAGAUUAUGUGGAUCGUGGAUACUACAGCUUGGAAACGGCAACUCUUCUGUUCGCCUUGUUGUUAAAGUAUCCUGAUCGCAUGACGCUUCUUCGUGGCAAUCAUGAAUCUCGUAAGAUUUCCUCCGUUUAUGGUUUCUACGAUGAAUGCCUUCAAAAGUAUGGCCACUCUUUGGUCUACAGAUGGUGUUGUAAGGUAUUCGAUGUUUUGCCCGUGGGUGCGCUUGUCGAUGAUUCGAUACUGUGUGUACAUGGCGGCCUAUCACCAGAAGUGAAAUCGAUUGACAAAAUGUUGAGCCUAAAUCGGGCCGUGGAGCUCCCGACAAAAGGCCCAUUAUGCGAUUUAAUGUGGUCUGAUCCAGAAGAAGGAGAGGAGGGGUGGAUUGUGAGUCAGCGAGGCGCUGGAUGGAUAUUCGGUGGCGGCGUUGCGAAGAGCUUCCUGCACACAAACGGGCUUGAGCUUAUAUGCCGAUCUCAUCAGCUAGUUGACGAAGGAUUCCGAUACCUGUUCAAUGAGCAGUUGUGUACUGUUUGGUCUGCGCCCAAUUAUUGCUAUCGAUGUGGGAAUGUAGCUGCCGUACUGUCGAUCGCUGAGGAUGGCGCCAGAGAUGUGAAAUACUUCACGGCAGUACCACAGGACCGCAGAGAAAUUCCUGACAAGUUAUCUGAAGAUGUCACUAGAUCCUCAGCCAAUUCCGCUGAUUUUUCACUUAUGUCGGGUUUUCGUCGUUGUACCUAUGUAUUUCUUAUAUAA